AUGACCAUCGUUGCUACUGAAGAUACACGAAAUGUAGAAUGGAGGAAAAGUAAUGUCGGUCUGAAGCUUCUUGAGAAGAUGGGAUAUAAGGAUGGUGAAGGAAUAGGAAAGAGAAACCAAAAUAACACAGCGUUGCGAGCUUUGAAGCGGAAGGAAGGCCUUGGCCUGGGUGCGAAAAUCCAAAGCGAAGGUGGAAACUCUGAAUCUGCGAAUCAUUUCUCGACAGUCUUGUCGAACUUGCAAGAGCACCAUGAACCCACAACCAAGAAAUCUCGAAAGAAGAGGAAGGGAAUUACUUUGCCACAGAACAAGGUGACUGCUGGCCACGCCUCGAAAAUGCGAGAAGCCAAAUUUGGUGCCAAGAGCGCAGAAGAUAUGGCUUGCAUUUUUGGGAACACAGAUUUUCCAGUUCUCACGGCUCAAACCGAUGUUUCAGAGAAAAAGAAAAAGAGGAAGAGCAAGAAGCGCGAACGUGAUGAAGAUGACGAAAAUCAAAAACAAAAGCGCAAGGACAAGAAGAAGAAGAGAAAGGAAGAAAAGAAGAAGGGGCUUUAG